GCCAUGAUUUCUGAGGGACAAGCUGGAGCUAUUGGGAGUAGACCACCACAUGUCCCAGUGGAUACUGGACUACGUCACAGAACGCCCACAGUAUGUGAGGACACAGGGCUGUGUCUCUGAUACGCUGGUCUGCAGUACAGGGGCCCCACAGGGGACUGUGCUGGCACCGUUCCUCUUCACCCUCUACACUGCAGACUUCUCCAUCAACUCCCCAUCCUGCCACCUACAGAAGUUCUCUGGCGACUCUGCCAUAGUUGGCCUCAUCACAGGUGAGGAUGACUCAGAGUACAGACAGUGGACUGUGGACUGUGGACUGGUGCUAGCAGAACCACCUGCUGAUCAAUGCCGGGAAAACUAAGGAGUUGGUGGUGGACUUCCGGAGAUGCCACCACACUGACAUCGGUGAACAUCCAGGGAGUGGGCAUUGAAAUAGUGGACUCGUAUAGGUACAUGGGUAUUCACCUGAAUAAUAAACUAGUCUGGAGCCACAACACUUAUGCUCUUUACAGGAAGGGUCAGAGCAGACUCUACCUGCUGAGGCGGCUGAGGUCAUUUGGAGUCCAGGGAGCGCUUUUAAAGACCUUCUAUGACUCUGUGGUGGCAUCUGUCAUUUUUUUACAGUUCCGCACACGGAAUGUUUGUGCGGAGUGUUCUUACCCAACAUUCUGUGCAUGGAAUGUUCAUGCGGAGUGUUCAGACCCAACAUUCGGUGCAUGGAAUGUUCGUGAUGAGCGUUUGUACCCAACGUCCUUGCAUGGAAUGUUCGUACUAACAAUCUGUGCACGGAAUGUUUGUGCGGAAAGAACAAACAGCGGCCAAUAACAUUGUACACCAUGACAGACUGGUGCAUAUUAAGCAAGUGAAUAACGUGGAAAGCAGAGAUUUCUGACUGGAAACUGGUCUCAAAACACACUGAGAGUUAGACAUGUUCAGGAAGUGCAAUUUUAUCCUGGUGGAAGCAAGUCAAUGAAGGAAAGACAAAAUUCAUUGCAAUGUUUUCCAAACAUCUGCUUUCGCUUUUGCUUCAAUGAGUUUUGGUCAGAGAACCUGCUGUUUCAAAAUCUGUGAGAUGUUGGCUUUUAGUGUACAGAUGAAAGGGGGAUCAGUGCUUUGUUUUUACACCUUUUUGCGCAGUUCACCUGCUCUUUAACCCUUUAAAACCUAUUGGAGCAGGAACGCUCCGUUUUGCGUAACUAUUUUUAAAUCCCGGUAGAACUGCAAACACAUAAGCUAAAUCUUUUUUGCAUAGGAAACUGGAGGAGUUGUACUUGCAUCCCAUGCAUUCAGCUUGUCCUAGGUCACAGUUUCCUUCCAGAUAUGGCUUUGCAAAACUUGCGUAAAAAGCACUUGCAAGAAAAACGUAAUAUUCCAGAAAAGAAAACAGGCUUUGCCUGGCAUGUUUGGUGACAUGGGCAAACACUCCCUCUGCACCCCCCCCCCCCCCACACACACACGCACACACACACACACACACACACCACCACAGACACACAUAAAACAUAUUAAGGAUUGUACAUUAACAUAUGUUAUUGUGAAAACGGUAGUCGGAACCAUACUGAAUUUAACAAGAUAAAUAUUUUACAUAGUGAGCGAGAGAGAGUAUGCAAUGGGCUAACAAACAGCCAUUAAAAUUCAUCAUAUAUUGAGAAUAGCAGACAAAUCAACAAUACACCUCUUCCAAUUAAUAUUAUGCUGAACACAGUCCAAAAGAUUCGAUAAGCCACAUCAGUGUCUACUGUCCACUGUUUACUAUCAUAGCCAAGUGAUUAUCAAAGGUAAACAGAAGUUUUCCCAAUCUCUACUAAUGAAUGUUAUCUUGUUUUAGGAUACAUAUUACCUGAAAUUAUCCAAAGAAACAUCUGCUUACCGUUUCAUCUCUUCUUUUCUCUUUUUAUCUAAACUGAGGACCCGAUGGCUUUGACCUUUUCUUGUCCAUCUUCCAUAAGUAAUUUUGCACUCCAGUAUUAACACCCAACCCCACAACAUAAACUAACAGACUAAUAGACUUAAACCUUGUAUAGGGUUUUUUUCUGGGAUUUCACACAACCCAGUAAAAAUAAUUAAUACAUAAUGGGCCUUCGAUCGACAAUACUAUGAAUGAAAUGUGCACUAUUUGGAAGCAGCUUGCCCCCUCCCCUUUCGACAGGUUUUGUGUGAGACUUCAGCACAGCAGCAACAUCAAGCAGGCGCACUGAGGGCCCUCAUCGGUGCAAAUUAUAAGUCUAUAUCACAAUGUCUUCAGUUUUUGUGUUUCUUGUAGGGCUGUCAAUGUUAACGUGUUAACACUGUCCUCAAGAUUAACGCAAUUAAAAUUUUUAACGCAAUCAACCCAUCUGGAGUGCAGAAUUUUGGACAAACUGCCCAAAAUGUGUUGACAGAGACAUUUCAAGGAUAUUGAGUCAUUCAAAGUUACAAAUGGAAUACUUGCGUAAAAUUUUUUAAUCAUGUUAAUCGUGAUGACUGCAUUAACGUUGACAGCCCUAGUUUGUUGGUUUGUUGUUAUUUUGUUUUAUUUUGCGAGCUGGUUAUUAGAUGCUGCCAGCCAGAGAAUCCCCCGCCACCCUGCCCUUCUCCUCCCUGUGUGGCAAGCAGCAGGUGCAGCAGGUGCAGCUCGCAAAAUGAGGGCGCCUUUAUUCCCCAGGCAGCAGAAAACCGAUCGGUGCCCAUGCAAUCCCCAAAAUGCGCUGGCAUGAUGUUGGGGCAACAUGGGUGCGAGCAACUUUUUGUUCUCUCCUGGAAGCUCUGGCAACUUGGCUUUGGCAACAUCUGGCAUAAUGUUUGCCACAGUGGAAAUGCCCACCCCGUAACUGGAGGCAAUAGUUGUGAAGGAGUCACCAGUUACCAGGUAGCUAAAAUUAAUAACAUCAUCCAAGUUCAAGUUUAAGUACUGUAAUUUCAUGUUACUCUAAUAAGAUUCUUUUUCAUAUCUGCAAUCAUAAGCAAUACAAUCUUAAUACUAUCACUGAAACUGACUGAAAAACCUUUAAGGUAAUUUAAAGAACACAAAUGUUGUACAAUCGCAGACAAAAGUGAUUACUAUUAAUAAUAAGCAAGAAAGUCUUUGCAAAAACUAAAUUCAUGUCUAGCUUUUCAGUCUGCGAAUGUUAAACAUGUCGCUCUAUAUGAGUGUUUUUCUGUCACAUUUUUAUUUUUGUGUAAAUUACUCACCUCAGACAAAUUGCUAAAUGUUCCUUGGAAGAAAUUGUCUCUCGGAAAUUUGUUGUAAUGUUGUAAAGCAGAUCCUCAUGGUUAGUCGAAAGUACACCUGGAACCUGUCACAAUGAAAAUGGAGCUGCAUCACAAACCUGAAUUCCCCAUACAGCUGUCUAGAAUGGAGUGUCUUAUGCACCCACAACCUCUUUCUUGACAUCUGCCUUCUUCUCUUCACUACCAGGGAGAGUGCCAAAGCUUUCUUCUUUAUGGAUGAGAGAUACAUGUUUGCAAAAUGACAGGAAGUAGGCGAAGAUAGUACAUGUAGAGUGGCCGCCAGAAAAAUAAUGUAUGGGCAGAGCACAGUGCAGCAAAAUGGCCAGUGCAUCACAAACUUUGGGCCAUUCCAUCUAGCUAGGGGUGUAUGCAAUGCAUGCCAUGUCCGAUGUGAAAGGGCUUUUAGGCUGUGAAAGCAGAAAAAGCAUAUCCCAGAAAUUGCUACAAUAUCAAAAUCUACAGUUUGGUACAUCCCAAGAAAGAAAGAAAGUACUGGUGAACUCAGCAACUCGAAAAAAAACACCUGGACGUCCAUGGAAGACAACAGUGGUCGAUGUUCACAGAAUCAUUUCCAGUAUUAAUGAGAAACCCCUUUACAACAGCCAACCAAGUGUGCAAACCUCUCCAGGAGGUAGGCGCAUCAAUAUCCAAGUCUACCAUAAAGAGAAGACUGAAUGAAAGUAAAAAAAGAGGGUUCACUGCAAGGUGCAAACCACUCAUAAGCAUCAAGAAUAGAAAGGCUAGAUUGGACUUUGCUAAAGAAACAUAAAAAAUCCAGCACAGUUCUGGAAAAAACAUUCUUUGGACAGAUACAUCCAAGAGUGACCUCUACCAGAAUGAUGGCAAGAAAAACGUAUGGAGAAUGCAUGGAACACCUCAUGAUCCAAAGCAUACCACAUCAUCUGUAAAACAUGGCGGAGGCAGUUUGAUGGCUUGGGCGUGCAUGGCUGCCACUGGCACUGGACACUAGUGUUUACUGAUGAUAUGACACACAGGACAGCGGACAGAAGCAGCCAAAUGAAUUCUGGGGUGUUCUGAGAUAUCCUGUCUGCUCAAAAUCCAGCUAAACCCAGUCAAAUUGACUGGGCGGCAUUUUAUAAUAUAGAUGGUGACCCAAAACAUACAGUCAACGCAACCCAGGAGUUUACUAAUACAAAGAAGCGAAAUAUUCUUGAAUGGUCACUCCUGAUCUUAUUCCAACCAAGCAUGCAUUUCACUUGUUGAAGAUUAAACUUUGGACAGAGUCUCAUAAACAAACAGCAACUGAAAGCUGCUGCAGAGCAUUAAAAAAAGACUGAAACCCAGCAUCAGGUGAUAUCCAUAACUUCAGGCUGUCAUUGCCAGCAAAGGGUUUUUUAACCAGGUUUUAGAAAAAAAAAUUUCAGUUAUUUAAUUUAUCCAAUUACUUUUGAGCCUCUAAAAUUACAGGAUUGAAUUAAAACUGAAAGUCUGAACUCCUGUUCCCUGUGAUGCCGAAGAAAAGUUUGUUACACACUGAUGCGUUCACUGGUUUUAAGGGAAUAAAUAUUUCUCAUUCACUUUUUGUUACUGUUAAAUGAAUAAACCAACUUUUAAACAUUGUAGAUGGUGAUUCUUACACCUAGUCUGAAGCAAAAUACGCCAGUGAUCGGUCAGUGAUCGGUGAUUUGACCCAAAUACGACAGGAAGGUUUAAUAAAGUAAAAAUAUAACAUCAUACAGUAAGAGGAACUAACAGGGGGGCAGGGUUGAAGUGCUGCAUUUGCAUGUUGCAUACACUCAUAGAAAGAACCACACUUGACAGUAGCUCAUAUGUUUGAAGUCUACUCACUCACAGGCAUGGCUGCUCAUCUCAUCAUUCUUCUUCUCUUCAGUGUGCUCAAAGGAGUUCACAGCAUAACUACAGUCAGUAAAGUAUCAGUUGAAGCUGGAAAAUCUAUCUCCAUCCCAUGUCUCUAUGAAUCCCAAUACAUAAAUCAUGUGAAGUACUUGUGUGAAGGAUAUUAUUGGAACUUUUGCAGAUAUGCAGUGAAAACAAACAAAGCAGACCCUUCAGGAAAAUAUUCAAUCUCUGAUGACAAAAACCAGAAAGUUUUUACAGUGACUAUAAACCAGCUGGCACAUAAAAACACUGAUUACUGGUGCGCUGUGGAGAUUAAUGGAGAGGUGGAUGAUAAACAGUAUUUUCAACUGUCAGUUACCACUGGUACCCCCAGUCUCUAUGUGGAUCAUCAGAGGAUUACAGGAUAUAUUGGAAAAAGCAUAACUAUUAGAUGUCACCACAGUAACUCUGGAGAAAUGAAGUGGUGCAGGCUGGGCAGGAACUGUGUGACAGGAUCAUCUGGAUCUAUAGAUGGAACAACACUGACCGCUCACAUGAGGGACCCAAAUGUUUUCACGGUGACCAUGAGUGGACUAAAGUCAGAGGACAGUGGCUGGUAUUGGUGUGCUAAAGGGGACAUUCAGAUACCAGUAUAUUUAACUGUUACUGAGAAACCUAAUACUAUCAUGAUCUCUACUGCUAGUACUGUCAGUAGAACUACUCAUACUGUUGCUGGAAGUGAAACAAUUAUAAAAAUGGAACAAUGGAACAAUUCUACAGUAGUAGAAAAUAAAGAAAACAGAGUUUCAUUUGACCCAAUGAUCCUCAUCAUCCCUCUGAGUGUGUUGAUCUGGAUUGUAAUUGUGGUGUUGUUGAUCUGGUUUAUACUGAGACGCAAGCAGAGUAAAGCAGACUCAUCAGUCACGCCAACGGCUGAAGAGGAAAUAAUAUACUCUGAUGUUAGACCCAAGAAAAGAAGUUUAGCCAAGGUGGACAAGGAAGUAACAUACUCUGAAGUUAGGCCUAAGGAAAAAAGUUCAGCCAAGAGGUCAUUUGCUGAAAGUGAAAUGGAAAUCUUGUACAGUUCUGUUGUUACGAAACAACGCAUGGAAAGGCAUACUCGAAGGUCAGUCACAUCAGUCGUUUAAAUACCUCAUGCAUGUAUUAUAGGUUUAAUAAAUGUUAUGGGGCAACAUGGGGAUGUAGUGGUUAGCACUGUUGCCUCACAGCAAGAAGGUCCUGGCUUUGAAUCCAUCGGCAUAAGAAGUUUGCAUGUUCUCGCCAGGUACUCUAGCUUCUUCCCAGAGCCCAAAUGUUAGUGCAAAUAGUCUAUAACAUAGAACACAACAAAGUACAUUAACUUCUGUCAUCUUCUUUAUGGGAUGCUCCGAAUACACAGUCAUGAGGAUUUUUGAAUAGCACAACAAAACAUAAACAGGGAAAUUACACAAAAUACACCCCAGAGAAGGGUUAAUUUUUUGAUUAUGAAAUAACAUCAGUGACACAGUGCACAUACUAUUUCCCAGUAAAAAACUCUGUAUUAUUAAGGUAACAAUUUUUAUUGAAUUUGUCACUGACACAAGCACACAAGGGCAGAUGAAGAAAAUCUACACCUCACAUUACCUGUAUUUAGUUUAUCCGGUAUUGGAUAAAACCUAAACGAUACCCAUCCCUACCCACAACUUGUGACCAUAGGUGAGGGUAGGGACGUAGAUCGACUGGUAAACUGAGAGCUUCGCUUUUACACUCAGUUCUUGCUUCACCACAACAGACCGGUACAUCACUGAAGCCACAGCACCAACCCAUCUGUCGAUCUCCCACUCCCUUCUCUCAUCACUCAUGAACAAGACCCCAAGAUAUUUCAACUCCUCCACAUGGGGCAUGAACUUGUCCCUGACCCAGAGUGGGGAAUCCACCCUUUUCCAAAUCUGAGGACCAAGGCCGCAGAUUUGGAUGUGCUGAUUUUCAUUCCCACGGCUUCACACUCAGCUGUCAAAUGUUCCAGUGUGAGCUGGAGGCCAUCACCCGAUGAAGCCAACAGAACCACAUAAUCCGUGAAAAGCAGAGAUGAGAUUCUGAGAUGACCCAAGUGAAAGCCUUUCACUACUUGACUGUGCCUAGAAAUCCUGUCCGUAAAAAUUACAAACAGAAUCGGCGACAAAGGGCAGCCCUGGCAGAGCCCAUCACCCACUGGGAACGAGUCCGACUUAUUGCCGGCUAUGCGGACCAAGCUCUAGCAAUGGUUGUAUAAGGAUUAAAUGGCCCUUAGCAAUGAGCCAAACACCCCAUACUCAUUUUAAUGAGUAAAUCAUUUUAUUUGAUUUUGUGACUCAGAAUUUACUGUUAGACAAGGAACUUUUUACAUGUUGUUAGGGAACUAAUUCAGUGCAGUCCUGAAAGUCCACAAAAAUAUUAUCAACAGUUUACUAAUAUAAGAAUCAUUUAAUUGAAAUGUUAAUGGGCACACACAAGGGGGCAGGCUUUAGCAACAGAAGUAACUGUUUUACUGUUUUACACUGUUUUAUUUCAGCCAAAACCAUAGCAAAGCCUACCGCAAUAUGUUCAAAAUGCAAAUAAACAUAAACAACACACUGAGAUACUGACUUUUUUAACAUGCAACACAGAAUUGAUCCAUUCUAACCAUUAAACACUGUCCUCACUGCCGUAGCAUUUAAUCCUCAGAUCUCGUGUCUUUAUCAAAGCACUGUCUGACUACUGUAUGACCUCUGUUCCUUAUGUGCAUCAUAUAUAAUUAAUCUUAGCUUUUUUACCAUUUCGCUGGGAUUCCCCCAUGAUCCUUCAUAGACCAGGAGUUACCUGUCUUUACAGGAAACUAGGCACAAGUGAUGAAAAGACCAACAGUUCUCAUGAUAGUAUGAAAGAAUAUCUGCCAGGGUAAGGAAGUCAUCAACUGAGUGACCAAGUCAGAUGCUUCUUGAUGAGCCCUAGGGCUGCUGCUGCUCCAUCUCCGAUCGGGAUCAGUCUGGCUUUCACGGCUUGACCCCGGGGUUGCUUUUUCUCUUUUUUGUCUGGGCUUUUUGGGUUUGUUUAACUGUAUUUUACAAGACUAUUUUUCAACAAUUUGAAGCUGCUUUGUAAAUAUUAACAAAAGCACCAAGUGAUAUCAUUAAUACUUAUUUUAAAAUUUAAAAUAAAAGUCUAGUAACAUAUUUCUAAUUAUUUUUGUUUUCCAACAAGACACACCAAUUUCUAUCAUCCGGAUCAUUCUGAGAUGAAUCUUAGUUUUUGUUUUGUUUUCUUCUGCU